UAUUGUGUACGAAAAACUCCGGAAACUCCACGGAAAGUGAAUAAAAAUGAGCCUUUUCGACAUUGAAGACGUCAAGACAAAACCGAAUAUUGUAAGUGUCUACCCAGAUCCGACUGUGCCACCGGAUGCAGCGAUUAUAAUCGACAACGGUUCGUAUCACUGCCGCGCUGGUUGGGCCACCAAAGAUACUCCCUCGUUAAUCUUCAAGAACGUCUUGGCCAAACCGCGGAAGGAUCGCAGCAAAAAGGAUCAGGAAGUGACCAUACCGAUGGUACAGAUCGGAAACGAUAUCGCGAAUAUCGAGGCGGUACGGUUCCAGCUGCGGACACAGUUCGACCGGAAUGUUGUCACUCAUUUUCAUGUUCAGGAACAGAUUUUCGACUAUCUGUUCGGCAAAAUGGGCAUCAACGGGGAUGGUUGUGUACCGCAUCCGAUACUGUUGACUGAGUGUAUCGCCAAUCCAAACUACAGCCGGAUGUUGAUGUCGGAGCUGCUGUUCGAGUGCUAUGGAGUUCCGGGUAUCGUGUAUGGUGUUGACAGUUUGUUCAGUUACAGGAUGAACGGGGACUUGGAGAGUGGAUUGAUCAUAUCUUGUGGAUACCAGGCAACGCACGUGAUUCCAGUGCUGAAUGGGAGAAUGAUCGAAGAUAAGGUGCGUCGGAUCAAUUUGGGAGGGUUCAAUAUGAUCAAUUUCAUGUUCCGGUUGCUGCAGUUGAAGUAUCCUGUUCAUGUGAAUGCCAUAACUCUGAGCCGGGCGGAGACGAUGAUCCAGAACUAUUGUUCGUAUGCCUAUGAUUAUAUGGAAUCGUUGAAGAAUUGGGCUUUGUUGGAAUUUUACGAGCAAAAUGUUAUCAAAAUCCAACUUCCGUAUAAUCAGAACGUUUCGGCACCUACACUGACAGCAGAGCAGAGAAUCGAAAAGCGGAAGGAACUGUCCCGUAGACUUGCGGAGAUUAAUCUGCGGAAACGAGAGGAGAAAUUGGCUCAGGACAAAGUUUUGCUAACCAGAAUGCUUGCUGCCGAAGAUACUUUGGAAGAUGAAGAUAAUGUAGGGUUUACACUGCACGAGUUUAGUGUUAAGAAUGUGGACGAGUUCAGAAAGACUAUCAUUACUUUAAGGGAACGAAUCACAAAAACGACUCAAAAGAUGAAUGCCCCCCAGCAGUCGGUGAAUCAACCGGAGGAAAAACCUUGUCUGCUGCAACCUCCAGCCAAUAUGACUAUUCAGGACUGGGUUGUCGAGACGCGGAAGAAGCGUGAUGAUAUUUUGGACAAGAAACAAAUUCGUAAGCAGCGGAAACAGGAUCUGGCUAAGCGUAGGACGGUGGCCGCACAGGAACGGAUGCGCAUUAUAUCACACCUGGCAAAGAAGGAGAAAGGUGUUGACGACUUCGGUAUGCGGGACGAAGAUUGGGACGUAUACAAGUCUAUCAGUCGGGAGGGAGACAGCGACAGCGAAGCGGAAAACGAAAAGGUUAUCGAAUGUGAGGAGAUUCUCAAGCAACAUGACAGCACCUAUGUGGAACAGGUGGUGGCUCCGGGAAACAUCGCAGAAUUCCAUCAGCUACAUAUCGGAGUGGAGAAGAUCCGGGUUCCGGAAAUAUUGUUUCAACCGAGCAUGAUUGGGAUACAGGAGGCCGGAUUGACCGGUACAAUCGACUAUGUGCUGAAAAUGUUCCCAAAAGAGGAUCAACUGAAAAUCGUAAACAACAUAUUGCUCACCGGAGGAUGUGCCAACAUUCGUGGAUUUCAGGAGCGCCUGUCGCGGGAGCUACAGCAAAUUCUACCGUUCCAAUCCGUGUACAACUUAAAGGUAGCGGGCGAUCCCGGACUGGACGGGUGGAAAGGAGCUAGCCAGUUUGCCGGAAGCGACGAGUUCAAGCAGUCACUAAUCAACAGACAACUGUACGACGAAUGUGGCGGUGAAUACUUCAAAGAACAUGUAGCCAGCAACUUCUACUAUUCCACACCCAGUCAGAACAGUUCAACAAUUAAUGAUACAUUCAAUUAGAAAAUAAAUCUCUUGCAUCGGCCACUCUGUA